AUGAAAACCCAACAUCCAGGGCCAGAACUGAGGCCACAGGACCCACUAAGGCAUUUGUCUCUAGCCUCAGUAGUACUGGCUAUAAAAGGGGACUUUGGCCAACUGCGGCUGUCUGCAGGCAGACCCCUCACCCCAGGCCCUGGGCUCACUCUGGGCUCAGCCAAGGGGGAUUGUGGCAUGAGAAGUCCCCAUCUCCCUCCAGUUGAUUCUUUAGCUCUGACUCUCUGUAUCCAGUGGGAAAAGAUGAAUGAGCUCACUCAGGACUCAUCCCUUAUUGUAUACCUGCAGUCAGGGAGGAGUUAG